AUGCUGAGCGCGAAGAACAAAUUCGAAAUCGCCAGGAACAGGUCCUGCAGCAGCAUAAGAGAAAACCUGAUGUGCUCGUCGGUCAUUUUGAAAAACUCGAGUUGCCUCCUGAAGAGCAGCCCCGCGUUUGAGAGCGCCACGCAGGUGAACAGGCAGGGCGAAGGCAUCCAUGGUGAAGUCUUCCCGGGUGAAGGCCUCCAGGAUGAGGUGGCCUCCCCGGAGGAGGCUCCGCUGAGGGAGAGGAGUGCCAAGGAGCUGCAGCAGUACGUGCACACAAGUGGAGUCCCCCCCGACGAUGGGGCCGCCUUUAUGCCAAACGAAUGGCCACAGGACCACGACGUGAAUAAUGAGUUUAAGAAUGGAAUUCUAUACGACAGAAUUGUAAUGUCCAAUGGGACAUAUAACACUGCCGUGGACAGUGUGCAUAGCAACUUCCAGACGAAUAAACUGGAGAAUGUGGUGAACUCGAUUAAGUUUGAAGAGAACACGAGCAUCAAGAUUCCCUCCUACUUGAGGAGCUCCCCCCUGUAUGUCCUCUACCCCGAGCUGGGCUACCUCCAGGGGGGGAGGGAGGAGCGUAAAUCAGAAGGGCGAUCAGAAGCGCGGUCAGAAGCGGGAGCAGAAGCGAGAUCAGAAGCGAGAUGCGACGAGCGUGCCGAACAGGAGGGCGCUUCAAAAGAUGGCGCUCAGUUGGGAGGGCGAGACGACGCAGGGGGCCCAGCGCAGUCCGAGCGGCUGCCCAAUGAGCGGCUUUCCAAUGAGAGGCCCCCCCCCCCGCAGAACAACCCCCUGAACAGCUACCUCCGGUACGCCCUAAACAGCAGCCACACAUCAGGCAGAAACCGAAUGCACGACUACUUCGAGUCGUCCAAAAAAAACAUGGUGGAAAUAGCCAACCCGAAUGACCUGAACCACACACUCCUUUACACGAAGAAGAGCACCCCGACGGACCUCAUAUUCAAUUUGUAUAAGAACAGGUACGUCACCAGCAGCAGCAACCACACGGACAAUGAGCUGAGCACACUGAAGGUUCUAAAAGGACUCAAAAUGCCUAUCAUCGAAAAGAACGAAAAGGGAGAGAAUAUUACCAUUGCGUCGGAAGUUAACGCCAAAAGGAGAGUCAAUCUUAUAGAAAAUGAGGGCACUAGUGCAGACACAAACAGAGGAGCAGGAGGAGGAGCCAAGCAAGUGAGUAGGGGAGGCAAACCCAAUUUGAUUGUAUCCCUUAUUGAUGUAUCGUCUAGCGAUAAGGCGUCCCUAAAAACAGUUCACCUCGAAGGUAACAAAACUGCAGGGGAAAAAAAAAAAAUAUUUCAAUUGAAGAAAAAGACAAGCAAAGAUGUGCAGGUGCAGACGAAUGAUGGCGAUUUUGAGGAAGCGGAGAAAUGCUGUGUCGACUCGGACGUUGAACGGGUUGUUAGUAUACUGGAGGGAAAGAAAAAAAAGGUUCCCCCAGAAGACUCGCAGGGGGGUAGCCCACCUCGGAAAGGGGGAAGAGGGAGGUUCUCCAUUUUGUACUCCGAUGUGAGGGGGCCAGGGGAGAGCGGCGAGGAGACGCCCUCUGGCAGUGGGGACGCGGAAGAAGGGGAAGAAGCGGACGAAGGGGGGGAAGUGGACGAAGGGGGGGAAGUGGACGAAGGGGAGGCGGAGAGGCGUGCCAACCCCAGCGCAGAUGCAAUGACUUGCAAUAGCGUUUCGCGGAAUGGCCGCCUCGAAAUGACCCAAGCUGUGGAGAACUACAACCAGUUUCUGCGAAGGGGGAGAGCCCGGGGGGGACUAAAUGGGACCGUACUGAAAAAGCAGUCCAGUGGACCCCUUCGUAGUGGCCCCCUAAUUUGGGGGGAGGCUCAUCUGAACGGGGCCAAAGCAUCACCAAGUAGUGGUAACAAUGGGGGGAAAGAACCAAGUGGAUGGGAUGGAAGUCCCCCCAGAGGAUAUAAUCCCACAGAUAAGUUAACCAUGGGGUGGUCUAUCCCCCAAGCAAAAAGAGAUCCUCCACCCUACCUCGGUGCAAAGGUAAGUAAGGCACUUCUUCUUCAGAAGGUCCCUCCCCCCUGGGUUUACAAGACCCCGGGAGAGACCCCCACUAGUGCACCCCUCACUGGGUUUAGAAUCCAUAGGGGGAACUCUCCCACAGACCGGGUCUUUACCAAUCACCCCUCCGUUGGGAAGCUUCCCCAUGUGUGCCCCAACGAAUUGAGGUAUUCUGAACCCAGGCCAAGCAGAGUAUGUGUGUACAUUAAAAGUAGUCCCCCUGGGGGAGGCUCCCAUAGAUGUGACACAGACCAAUCUGGGGAUGAAAGCAAAUCUGCAACUGCAUGUGAUGAGGAGUAUGUGAAGGAGAAAAUCCCAAACGAUCUGCUACUCAAAAAAUUGUACAUUCAAAAAAAAAGGCAGCUCUACGAAAGGAGGAAGUUCGAAAGGGCCAUCGCCAGCAUGCUGGAGAGGAGAGCCAUGCUGAGGGAGCGGGCGAGGGACAAGUACAGCGCGUUGGCGAGCAUCCACGGUGGGGGUAGCGGCCAUGGUGAUGUUGGCGGUGGCGAUGUUGGUAGCGACCGGGGUGACGAAUCUCCCAGCAGCGCCGAGCGGGACCGCGCUACCCCUUUAAGAACCCUCAGAUGGGCAAGGGGUCGUCCAAAUCGAGCCUACAGACCUGCGCAUGGGUCUCGUGCCUGGAGGGAUACAACCCUAGGGGGUUAUCAGAAUGGCCACGUCAGCAGCUGCAGCAACGUACACUUGUACUCCUCAAAUGAAGAGUCGGACGGUGCGUUCGGCAAGAGGGCGCACAACGCAGCGCGGAACUGCAGUGCGAGAGAUGGGCGCAGAGGGGUGGGCAGUCAACUGGCUGAGCGGGGCGAACAAAACUGCGAUAGCGCCAUCUCACCGCGAACUCCCCUUGAAGCGGCAGCGAAGGAAAGACGCUCCGAUAAGCUGGCAAAUGAACGGAGCAAGGGAGGAGCCCCCCACAAGUUCUCCCCAAAGUUCUCCCCCCAAUCGUGGAGGCUCAGAUCCCUGUCAUACAAAAACAGGGUAUCUAAACUGAGCGUCCUGGAGAAAAGCAUCCAGCCAUUCAAGGAACGCGCAAAAAGGAAUGAACUCCUUGGGGGAAACAAAAGUGACGAAGGAAGUGACAUCAUUCGGAGGGAAAUCAAAAAAUGUGUAGAGCGAGGUGGGUAUGGAGAGUCGGGCGACGAAACGGAGGAGGAGCCAAGUGGGGGAAGCACUGACGCAGGGGAAAAACACCUCAUGAAGGAAAACCAAUCCGAGGAAGAUGACCAAACGGGGGGAAUAAAAAUUACCUAUAAUUUAGGAAAAAUCGUGAAGAGGGGUAAUCCCACUCCACACGAAUGGGUUAACACCGAAAAUGCGUUCAGCCCUCCACUUAGUGAGGCGAAAGGACGCACUGAUGAGAGACAACACGACGGUAAUGAAGAGCAAACGGAUGAGCACAUCUGCAAACGGGGGGACGAAAAAAGGGAAUCCUCCCUGGCGGAAAAAAAAAACACAAUGGGAAUGAGCUCAGCUACAAAUGGGGACUUCCAAAAAGAAAAGACAAACAAAUCGGAUAGCCUAUUCAGGGUAAAAGUAACAAUAAAGAAGGCCCAUGAAGUUCGAAGUGAAAUAGACAAACGGAGUAGUAACCCGGAGGAGGGUUCCAACCCUAAUCGCUUCGUUUUACAUGAGAAUGUGCAGGGCGUGGGUUCCUCUUCCUACAAAGGAAAUACAAACAAUGGGUGCAUCACACGCACAGGGUUGGCACCCAAAGAGAAAGGAAAUUUCAGCGACACGGAAGUGGCCACUAGGAAGAGAAACUCGGAAAGGCCCCCAAAAAAGGGGGCGGGACCCAAUGACCCCUCCUGCAGCAGAACCUUCCUGAGGAAGAACGACGGGCACGGAGGUGGAGACUAUUUAAAGAUCAAGCAAAAAGAGACCGCAAAUAUGCGAAGCCACUCUCAUUCGAAGUUUUCCAUCCAGGUAGAGGAAAGCAAGGAGACAUUACCCGGCAUUGAGUUCACCCCCAAAUGCAACUCACCCCUAUGCAGGGGUCGAUCUAAUGAGGCGGACCGGCUGCAAGACUUGGAACGUAUCGACCCAAACAAGUGGAUACAAAAAAUUUUCGGAGAUACGCACUGA